GGCGCCGCGCUUGUUUCGGUUUUUUCGUACAAAUUGUUGUUAGAGAUGACGUGGAGACACAGUAAACAUCUAUGAAUCUAUGACUGUGCAGUUUAAAAUUGAGAUUUUUAGAUUGUUUAAACUAACUUAUUCAAAAUGUUUGAAAUUACAGAUUUCCAGAAAAUAGGAAUAGGUCUUUCUGGAUUUGGUCUAUUUUUUCUAUUCCUUGGUGUUGUUUUCCUUUUUGAUAAAGGACUCUUGGCCCUUGGAAAUAUACUUUUCUUAUCAGGAUUAGCAUUUGUAAUUGGUUUAGAAAGAACAUUCAGAUUCUUUUUUCAACGUCAUAAACUAAGAGGAUCUGCAGCAUUUUUCGGAGGAAUAUUCAUUGUCCUUAUUGGAUGGCCAUUAGUUGGAAUAAUUAUUGAAAUUUAUGGUUUCAUAGUACUUUUCAGUGGAUUUUUGCCUAUUGUUGUAAACUUUGUAAGGCGAGUUCCAGUUAUAGGUACAAUCUUAAAUUUACCAUUACUAAAUAAGAUUAAUUCAGCAUGACAAAAUAAUCAGUCAUCUAAUUUUGAAUAGUUGACAAAAUUGCUGGAGAUCCCAACAGAUCGAUGGUGUAAAUAUUCUAAAAAGACAUUUCAUUAAAAAACAGAGAGAAAGAGAGAGGGAUGAAGAGUUUUGAGCUUUUUGGAGGGAUGUUAAUAUUAUCAAGUUUUCAUUUUAUAUUAUUAUAGUCUUAUACUGAAGAGAAUAUCAUUGUUUUAGUGGAAUUAUUCUACAAUUAUGAAUGUUUCAUCCUAUGUAAAAAAAAAAACAUAAUAAAGUUGCUUCAUCAAA